GAAUUAGGGGGGACACUGGCCUCCCUGGUCUCCCAGGAUACCCGGGCUUACCUGGCAUCCCUGGAGAGAUGGGUCUCAAGGGUCCCCCAGGAGCGAUGGGCCCAGUGGGUCGUCCAGGACCUCCAGGACCUCCAGGACCCAAGGGCAAUGAUGGAAUCGGUUUCCAGGGACGAACUGGUGACAAGGGUGAGCCAGGUCCGCCAGGUCUACCUGGGAGCAGGAUCGAGGACACCAGCCAAGUUUCUGCACCAGGGAAUAAAACGGGAGAAAAGGGUGACAGAGGAGAACGAGGAAAUGAAGGCGAAUUAGGUGACCCUGGGGAACCGGGAGCUCCUGGUCCAAAGGGUGAGAAAGGAGAAGAGGGAAUCAUGGGCCUUCCAGGAUUAAGGGGUGAGAGUGGCUUCAAUGGACCCCCAGGUUCUGAAGGACGCAAAGGUCUCCCAGGUACCCCAGGUCUUCCCGGGUUUGAUGGUCAACCAGGAUUGAAGGGUGACCGAGGUGACCCAGGCCGACCUGGCCAGUCCAUCACAUUUACUGGAUUAAUUCCCAAAGGUCCAAAAGGUUGGCCAGGUCUAGAAGGAGAGCGUGGCCCCAAAGGGGAGGAAGGCUUCUAUGGCCGUGAGGGCCCCCCCGGUCUCCCUGGUGAAACAGCACCAUUCCCAGGUAACCCAGGACCACCAGGUUUACCAGGUCACUCAGGAGCCAAAGGGGAGAAAGGUGAUCAGGGUUUGCCGGCUCUCCAGCCUGGAUUCCCAGGAUUUCCAGGGAAAUCAGGCCCACCUGGUCCACCUGGACCUCCUGGACUGAUAGGUUCCACAGAGUUCAUUGGAGAUCCAGGAGAGAAAGGUCAGAGAGGGUACCCUGGUCCAAGGGGAAGACCAGGAGACAAAGGUGACCGAGGGCAUUGUGCCUGCGAUGUGGAGGGAGCUUCUCAUGUUGGUCCCCGGGGUCCUGCUGGAGCCCCAGGCUAUCCAGGCAUACCCGGGGUGGCUGGGCAGCUGGGAGAUGAAGGAUCACCAGGUCCUUUUGGAGCACCAGGGAUUCAAGGAGUGACUGGUGAGGCUGGAGCCCAUGGCCCUAAAGGACAGAAAGGAGAUUCCGUUUUCAUCUCCACCAUAACCACGAAAGGUUCCAAAGGAGACCAAGGACAGCCAGGAUUAACAGGACAACCCGGACAGCCUGGUAUUCCAGGAAAUAAUGGGAAACCAGGCAGACAAGGAUAUCCAGGAAUCCCAGGCGAUGCUUUGGAAGGUUACCCUGGUGAUGUUGGUAGCCCGGGUGUCCCGGGCAGAAAAGGAAUCCCAGGGAGACCUGGCCUGCCAGGGGUUGGCAUUCAGGGACCUCGGGGAAGACCAGGGCCUCCUGGUGACUUUGGACCUGCUGGUACACCAGGAAUUCCAGGACUUCCAGGCAUCCCUGGAACUCCAGGUGACUGCAUUGACAGACAGGAAAUCCUGCCGGUGGGCAGUGGUAUCCCAGGAUUCCAACCAGCAAUUCCCUGUGGAACUCCAGGACUUCCAGGACUGAGGGGCCCACCAGGUUUGCCCGGAGAUAAAGGUGAGAAAGGUCCACAGGGAUUCCCAGGAUUAUCCCGACCAGGAUACCCAGGAAGGAAAGGUUAUGUUGGUGCUCCAGGGCCAGGAAUUCCAGGGCCACCAGGUUUUGUUGGGCCCCGUGGAGAUCCCGGUUCACCAGGCCCACCUGGGUCAACUGGGAAUACUGGGCUUCCGGGACUACCGGGAAGGCCAGGAGCAACUGGUGAAAAAGGCUUGCCCGGAGAUGCAAUUGGGGCAGUGCCGGGAUACCCUGGGGAACCAGGCCAACCAGGUCAUCCAGGAUCCAAAGGAGAAAAAGGAGAUGCCGGAGGAAUUGGAUGGAAAGGUGCGGAUGGAGUACCGGGAGUUAAAGGGCUCAGUGGUGAAGAAGGCAAACCAGGGCUACCUGGCCCUACAGGAGUUCCAGGAGUGAGGGGACCACCUGGGGCCAAGGGGCAGGAUGGGUCACCAGGGUUACAAGGGAUACCUGGUUUUCCAGGCCCUCAAGGUUCUUUUGGUUUCAAAGGGGAUCGUGGUGACAGAGGGCCCCCAGGCCCAGCUGGAAUGAAAGGUUUGCCUGGAAUUCCUGGUAUCCAGGGAUCCCGCGGGGAUGCAGGAUUCCCCGGAUCCCCUGGUCGCUUCGGAGUGGAUGGUCUGCCAGGUCUUGAUGGCCUGAAAGGUCUGAAAGGUUCUCCAGGAAUGGCGGGGUUCCCCGGUGUUGAGGGGUUUCAGGGUCGACCUGGCCUGCCCGGCUUGAAGGGAGAAGCGGGAUCCCCUGGAAUUAUAGGGAACUGGGGUUCAACUGGAGUGAAGGGUAUUAAAGGUGACCGUGGACAAACUGGACCUCCAGGACCACCCCCACCUAUCGAACCUGCCAUGAUGGUGAGAGUGAAGGGGGAGAAAGGAGACGACGGUUUGCCUGGGGAACCCGGAUUUGUUGGUCCCAGAGGGUUGAAGGGGAUGCCGGGAUAUCCAGGACAGCAAGGACAUCCUGGUCUCCCGGGACCUCCAGGGCAACAGAAAGGAAUUCCAGGGUUUCCGGGAGUACCAGGAGAACCUGGAAGCAAAGGGAUGCCGGGAGCCCCUGGACCACCAGGCAUCAGGGGCUUUCCUGGGAUGUUUGGUGAGAAGGGCGUCUCAGGAAACCCCGGCCUGCCUGGGCGGCUCGGUAUCCCAGGCUCACCCGGACUGAAAGGUGAACUAGGGGAUACGAUUAACAUUCCAGGGAGUCCUGGUUACAAGGGCAAAAUUGGCGAUCCAGGAUUGAAAGGAGCAUCGGGUCCCCCUGGGCUACCAGGCAAACGUGGAUCUCCAGGAGAACCAGGCAUUGAGGGCCUGAAAGGAUCUCUAGGUGAUCAGGGGUUCACAGGUAAACAGGGUUCUCCUGGUUAUCCCGGGUUAGUGGGAGACAGAGGAUCGCGAGGUCCUGGCGGCUCAACUGGUCCAAAGGGAUUCAUGGGAUUUCCAGGAUAUCGAGGAGCUAAAGGUUCACUGGGUCCUGAUGGUCUGCCUGGUUUAGACGGGUUAAAAGGAAACAAAGGCUUCCCAGGAUCCCCAGGUCUAAACGCGAGAGGAACUCCAGGUCAAACUGGUCACCAGGGUGAGAAAGGGGAGAGAGGGAUACCCAGUACCAAACCAGGGGAACUCGGGCUGCCAGGGGGAGUUGGUGCCAGAGGUGAUGUCGGUGAACCAGGUCUUGUUGGCUCAAUGGGACCUCCUGGUGAUCCAGGGCCCCUGAUCCCAUCAAACAAACCAGGAAAAGCAGGUGAUCCAGGGCCAAAAGGAUAUGACGGUCCACAAGGCUACCCUGGUCAACCAGGUCCCUUUGGCAGGUUGGGACAACCUGGAAACAAAGGUGAGAUAGGGAAUCCAGGUGCAUCUGGCUUCGUAGGAUCACCAGGGAUCCCCGGUGAGAAGGGAGCUUCUGGUCUUCCAGGUAUCAAUGGCAUCCCUGGAAAUAAAGGUCAACGAGGUGACCAGGGUGUAAUGGGUUACCCUGGGAAAGCUGGACCACAAGGAGACCCUGGAGUUCCCGGACAGAAAGGUUCAGUGGGUCUCGCUGGUUUAUUGGGAUUGCCUGGCCCACAGGGACCAGCUCCUUCUCCUCAACCAUUCACUGCACCGCGGGGAGCUGAUGGCACCCCAGGAAAUCCUGGGCGGCAUGGAUUUCCAGGGGACCCAGGUCCAAAGGGGGUUCCUGGGGAUGAAGGUCUGAAGGGCCCUCCGGGUAAACCAGGAAUCCCUGGGCUCACUGGCUCCCCAGGAAGAAUAGGCCCCAGAGGUGAAGCAGGUCCAGUCGGACAACAAGGAUCUUUGGGAUUUAAAGGUGUCCCUGGCACCCAAGGGGUACGCGGGAUGGAGGGUAUGCCAGGCCGAAGUGUCAGUGUUGGAUACCUCUUGGUUAAACACAGUCAGUCGCAGGAAAUCCCACCGUGUCCACUUGGAAUGAACAAACUCUGGGAUGGAUACAGUCUGUUAUUUGUGGAAGGACAAGAAAAAGCUCACAAUCAGGAUCUGGGGCUGGCUGGAUCGUGCAUGCCAAGGUUCAGUACAAUACCCUUUGUGUACUGUAAUAUCAAUAAUGUUUGCUACUUUGCAAGCCGAAAUGACAAGUCUUAUUGGUUGUCUACCAACGCUCCGAUUCCAAUGAUGCCUGUGGCUGAUGCCGAAAUCAAACAGUACAUCAGCCGGUGCUCAGUGUGUGAGGCUCCCUCUCUGGCAGUCGCUGUUCACAGCCAGGACAUCACAAUUCCAAUGUGCCCCACUGGGUGGCGCAGUCUGUGGAUUGGUUACUCUUUUCUAAUGCACACGGCUGCAGGCAGUGAAGGUGGUGGUCAGUCCUUGGUGUCACCAGGCAGCUGCCUGGAGGAUUUCCGAACCACUCCUUUUGUGGAAUGCAAUGGUGCCCGUGGCACGUGCCAUUACUUUGCCAACAAGCACAGUUUCUGGCUAUCGACUGUUGACCCCAGCCAGCAGUUUAAGGAGCAGCCUGUACCUGACACUCUGAAGGCAGGACAGCUUCUAACCCGAGUUGGGCGGUGCCAAGUCUGCAUGAAGAAUUUAUAACAAACACCACCCCCUGCAAUAAAUAAUCAAUCACUCGCACCCUCAGGAAUCCAAGGGUAAAGGCAACAAUGUUAUGGACAGGAAAAAAACUGGCAAUCCAAGUUAAAUUGCGCUGUCUUUGAACUAGGAACCUCAAACACAGAUAAUAUCUGACAAGCCCAUUACAUAAAUUGCCCAUUUGAGAGACCCUGGCAAGCACAUUUAAAUUCAUUAAUGCACUAAAUCCAGCUUAUUCUCUUUCAGGCUUAGCACUAAAACAAAAACUAAUAUAAUGCAACUUGAGGUUCACCAGCCAAGCCCUGCUCACAGAAGUGCAGGGAUGAGAAAUUUCUGCCCUUUGGCAGAAUUCCACCUUCUUCAUGUAGGUCUGCCCCUGAAGAACUUUUCCCAUUCUGGCCCAGGAAAUAAAAUGUCCCUCAGCUCCUACCUCUUUAAUCUGCAACCAAUCGGACUCAUUUGCUGGGACUGGGGAAGGGUCGAGGCUACACUUAUGCAGCUGCCACUCCUGUGUGCAAACAGCCUUCCGACACUGGGGUAUCUGGCUGGUACUGCCUGCACUGCAGGAGACUGUCACCAAGGCCGAAGGGCUGGGAUUCAGAAGUAGAGUGGAAAGAACAGACUGCACGUUAGGAUCGAGGCUGUGGCUGGGUGGAGGAGUGGGACAAGAAUGUAAGGACCUUGCAGAACAACAGUUGAACUUGUGCUGUGACUCUAUUGAGCUGUCUGUAAGGUGGAAGUAAUGUGUGUCUUAUGAUGUCUCAUAGCUACAGCAAGCCAGGAGGCUGGUUAAUAUAGUAUUGCAUUUCUAUCUCAAACAUCCCCCUUUAGACACAAAGAGAAUUCUACGUAUUAUCAUUUAUAUAACUGAUAACUGACUGCGCAACUAUUCUCAUACAUUAGCGGUUCAUUAUUCUCAUUAGGCCUUGCACAUUUCAGCCAGUCUUUGUAUCAUGUCAAUCCCUUUGUAGUAUUUGUUCAUCUGGGUCCUGUUCCUUCUCUGGGGAAUGUGGUCCUAUUGUCACUUGUUGUUGCAGUAUUUGUUGUUCUGUUUCUGGUGCUGAAGGUUGGUCUGUAUGGAUGAUGUGGGUGAUCUGAUUGGCUGCCUGCAGUAUCGGAACAGCUUCUCCAGUGGUGCCUGUGCUUGCAAUGGUGUUGUGGGGCACUCACAUCCGUCACAUCUGUUGCUCUACACAGAUGCCCAGCUGCCAAUUUGGUCAACUUGUUGAACACUGAAAGUUUGGACACUGAAGGUUUGGCAGUUUUGUAAAAAUGAAAUAUGGCUUUUCACAAUAUCCCUUUGAUUUUGUCACUUCAAUCUUCUUCUGGUUUCAGUAGCUUUUAUUUUUAAAUUGGAAAAGUAGCUUGGGUUCAGCCCGAGUGUUUCUACUAGAUUUCUUUCCAUGCCUUCUAUCGGUAUGCAUCUCCGCUCUGUGCCCAAUGUUUUUAUGAAUCCGAUGGGAAUUUUCACUGCUGCCUCAGCCUUUCCAUUUGACCAGGGGUUAAUGAUCCAGAUGAUAUAUAGUGUUAAAUUUCCUAAUCCUUUAUGAAAUGACAGAAUUCUUGACUCAAACCGAUGGCCAUUGUCACUCUUCACAAUGUUUGAAAUGGUGGUGAAUGUGCACACGAUGCUCAUUCCUGAUGAAGGGCUCAUACCCGAAACGUCCAUUCUCCUGCUCCUCAGAUGCUGCCUGACCUGCUGUGCUUUUCCAGCACUACAGUCUCGACUCUGAUCUCCAGCAUCUGCAGUCCUCACUUUUAUACAAUGUUUGAAAUGCCCUGACAACCAAGUGUACUAUUAGGCAUUGACAGUCUCAUGGUGCUCACAGGAGGUAGACUAGCUGACUUCAAAAGUAGCCAGAAUAAGAGUCUACAGUGACAUGAUAAUAGAUCCUGGGAGACUGAUGACAUCUACUUGCAGCUUCACCUGGGAACCUCUAGGUCAUCAACAAUUUCCCAGCUUGCUUAGCUUGGUACUCAUCAGUCAGCACAGUGGCUGAUGUAGACCUUGAUUUCAUUGCUUCUGUUCAGGCAGCAGAGCCCUUUGCUUAUCUUCCUCAGGCUCAAAUUCCUUGGUAGCUUGCAUGGAUUUGCUUUAGCAUCUCUCCUUUCAUUUUCCUUAGCUAUAAUGAUUCUAUUUCCUUUGUACAAUAGUCUGGAAAUUCAUUUCUCUAUUCCCAGUUCUUGUGACCACAGUGGUGUUCUCUGUGUGUUUGGGCCAUCCUUCCAUCAUUUACAUGUCACAACAUUUGGUGAGUUACAUCUUGUUGGGUAGUUUGCUUGAUUUGAGUGAGGCACCAUUGGAUUCAAUUUCAAAUUCAAUUGAUGACUUCCAGAACAAGUUGAGUUGGAUCUGGAAGAUUUCACAAUGUAUAACAUCCUCUACAUCUUUAUAGGGAAUGCAGCUCAGAAAACAUGUUGGAGAUUUACACUUGU